UUGCUGGAGGUGAUUUCCUUCAAUAUAAGAUUCUACAAUUCAUUUAUUUCAGAUGAAAUCGCUGAAGGAAGUAUUUGAUGGUGUUACUUGUGCAAGUUUGCCAUACACAACAGCCAUCAAGGCUGUAGUGUGUGGAGUUGGAGAAGUGAAAAAGUAUAGAAAUGCCAGUGGAGAGCAGAGGCAGUCUGUGACAAUUGGCCUGGCUGACUCCUCAAUGGCUGUAAGGGGUGUCCUCUAUGAUGUAAGCAAAAUGGACACCUUUAAAGUUGGUUGCACUGUGAUGUUGCUGAAUAGCAUAAUCAAGAAAGAUGCAGUGAGGUCAAUUGUUUUGACAAAUCGUAGCAAGAUUUUGAAGACAGGGCCUGUUGCUGUCAGUGAGAGCUUGAGAAAAGAGGCCCUUGAAAUGGCUUGUCCUCCACCAGCUGAAAUGGUGGAUAUCAAAGCUGUCCACACCUCACCAGUGAAGACAGUAUUGACCAUUAGAGGUCAGGUUGUGUCGGAGGAAAUGGACAGAACUGUAAAAGUAAAUGGAGAGGAGACAACUGUAAGAAGUAUCAAGUUGAGAGAUGCAACUGGCACUUGCAGAAUUUCUCUAUGGAGAGACAUGGCCAAAGUGAAAACAACUGUUGGAUCUCAUCUGGAGAUCACCAAUGCAGUGGUGCAGUUUUAUAAUGAGGAAAAGUCCCUAUCAACUACAUCUAGGAGCAAAAUGGAGGAAGUUGAAACCCCAGAAAUUUCCCAAACUGUUACCUUUAUUGCCUUCGAAUGGGUUGACGACAGUUUUGCAUCCCUUACAUCUGAUGAUGCCAAUGGCGAAUACCAAGAAUUCACAAUUAGCAGGGAAGCUCUAGCACAUAACCUGAGAUGUGAACUUCAGGAAGUAGAACCUUCCCUCCUGCGCAAACUCCCCAUGACAGCAAAAAUCACCACAAGAGAGAAUGAAAUUAUUGAAAUCACCAUGUAAAAUUCGACACAACAUUCAAGCUGACAAUUUGAAACUGUAAAUGCUUGCACUUCAGACUUUUUAUAAAGUAGAUUUUGUCAACUUUUUAAGACAUCAGUGUAUGUCAUAUGGGUAUAAUUGCAAGAAAAUUGUUGUGAAAAAUAAUUUCAGCAAGUACCAUUUGUUGUUUGAUUUUCUCUUUCUGAUAAGACUCGGAUUACUUUUAGCAUUUUGUAUGUGACAUGAUACAGUUGUAAAUAUGAGAAACAAAAAACACUGCCUGAACACAGUGAUAACUUCAUUGGAGUAUCAUUAAUGGAGAACUAAAUUUUGCUUAUAUGG